AGCCAGCGUCAUUUGCUGGCCUACUGGCGGCAGUAGCUGCAGUCAAAAAGCUGUUCUCGUCCUCGGAAGGGCGCUCUGUCGGAUACGUAGGAAGUGGCCAAAUUGCCACAUACAUACGCUAGCAGCUGGUUCGCUGGUUGUCCAGCUCAAUUCCACUCCGGAGCGGAGAGUUGUUCAAAUAUUGGCUUUGGUCAUUAGCCGGAAAAGUCGUUGAUGCCGAAGAAUGUGUCUGCGUUCACACAGAGGAUAGUUAAGAGAUUUGGUGUGUUAUUUUUUUCGGGCUCACUGUUGACAACGGCAUUUCAGUGGUAGUGACGUAGAAGAGGCGCAAAUUAAAAAGCAAAAGUAUUUUUUUUAUUUGAUGCGUCAGUGGUGAUAUGGAGCACCAGGAUCGAACGGGUGGUGGCGGGGGUGGUAGUGACGGCAGGAAACACAACACCCACCUUCGCCGUCGACUGGCUAAGCUCAAAGUGCCUCGGUCACGUGGCGGUAGAAUGACCGAUAUGGCCGAUGUUGAGGACUUUACGAUAUGCGAAUGCAACUUUAUCGUGAAACCGUCCCGACCGUCGGAUGUGAAUCUCCCACGCGUGACCGCCCAGCUGGAAAAACUGAUGGGGACCAACGUGGUACGGCUAACGGAUCGGAAGUACAUGCAGGAUCUGCAGCGGCGCAUCCAGGAAGAUUAUAACGUCACUCUGGAGAAACGGAUUCAGGAGCGGGAGUAUGAAGAGCUCGAGCGUCAAAAGUAUCUCAUUCUGAGUGGAAAGUACAGCCUCUACAAUUGCCCCCGCCGAUUGAUCCCGUUGCACAGUGUAGUUUUGGCCAAAGAAUUGGAUAGAGAGCGCAAUCUGAUCCUAUCGGGAGCUGGUGAUUCCAUCCCCGAUGAGUUGAACAGCGCAGUUUUCAACGUCAACAAGAAGACAAACCAGGAGAUCUGCAGCAAACGUGAAAAGCUCAAAACCAUCCGGGAGAAAAAUGCCGAACGGUUGAUCAAGCAGGGGCUCCGUUGGGAGCGCGAGCGGCUCCAGAUGGAGGACUACAACCGGCAGCAGGAAAUCGAGCGUCGUUCCCGUCGCGAGCAGCUACUGGAGAAGGAAAAACUCUACAUGAUCGAAGACGAUGAGCGGGCACUGAAUCUACUCCGAUUGAAGACGAAAAAGGGACCCUGCCGGGAUAUGGACUUGCGAGCUUUGCUCAUGCAGCAGAGGGUCGAACUGGGCGAAAAGAUUCAAAAGCGUGACUUCGAUACGAACGUCGAAAAGCGGAUGGAUUCCGACCGAAGCAAGGAGAAGAAGAAGAAACGUCACCGGAAGCAACCGAACAAGACAGUGGAGGGGCAGCUUGCUUCCCCGGAGGAAGGUUACAUCUCGAUGAAUCAGGGCGAAAUUCCGAGUGAUUUGGAGUCUUCGAUCAUGAUUAAAAUUGAGAAGGACAGUAAGGAUUCUGGGGACGAAUCGGAUGCGUUGGACGAUGCGAGUACAACGGAAACCGCGGAAGGUGCUGGUGGCUCGGAAGCUGAAGAUGCCGAAACAGCCGAAGCUGAAGCGAUGAAGGAAGAGAUGAAUAAGGUGCUGGAGAAGAAGAAAGUUAAGGCACGGAACGAGGAUCCGAAGAUUACCCGGUUGAAGGAAGCGGAUACGGUUGAUGAUAUUUAUAACAUUGCCGAUGAGAUAAUAGUGCUCGAGAAGAAAAAAGUCAAGAAAGGAUUCAAGUAAAAGCGCGGCGAUGACAUCUUCUACCUAGUGGAACUGCAGAAAAUAGUUUGUUGUGUUUGUCAGCCAAGGCGGAUAAAUUAUCAUGUGAUAAAAUUUGUAGCGAUUACAUAUGUUGAUUUCGUAGAAGAAAAAAAAAACUGUUGUUCGAUGCACAAACAAAUUGAUACAAUGUAUAAUAACUAUAGAUGCGUGUUAUAAUCCAGUUGAAAAUGAAAAAAAUAAACAGCAAUGUCAGAUUUUUUUUUCUUCAUCUAU